AGCUGAUACGUUACCUUCUUCUUUGUCUCGACCUAUUGUUGGACAUCAUCCUACUUCUUCAUUGUCUAUCGCCCCACCUAUCGGAUCUUCUUCUGCUGCGACUCUUUUAACUCCUCCAAAAGCAAGUUCUCGUCUUCGAUCGGGUUCUCUUACUUUACCAUCUGCUUCACUUUCUGCUGCAUUUGGUCCUUCUAUUUUUACUUCAGGAUGGUCAGAUCAUAGAAGUGAAACAAAUGGUCCACCAACCCCUCCAAUGCAAACUCCCACCACUGGUGAUUUACUUCGUGGUGAUGAAAAUAAUACUGUUGGUAAAACUUUGGAUUAUUUAGGUUUAGAUGAUCAUGAACAUCUUAAAGCUACUGGAAAUCUUCCUCAAAUUAAA